GCUCAGCGCUUCUACAACUUCACUGGUCUUUUUUGCUCCAUACAUUUCAUCAAUGGUUCUCUUAUCUCUUUUUCUCCUCUCGCAAAACCAAAAGCCGUAAGAAAUUCAAGAAUUUUAGCUCUUCAGACCCAAACAAUAAUUGAAGGGCUUAAAGAGAAAUUUGGAAGAAAAGGCAUAAAGUUCUCUGAACGAAACAACGUUCCCAUGGUCGAGCUUAAGGUCAGAAAUGGAAGUUCUUUAAAGCUGAGUCUAUCAAACGCUCAUGUGGUUUCAUAUAAGUCUAAGGUAUACUGGAAAGACGACGGGUUCGAGGAAGUCCUUUACACAUUUGAUAGUGAUAAAGGCAUAGGUGGUGGAGUUGGUCUUGUUAUUGUAAACGGAGAACAAGCAACAUCGGUAAUCUCAGGUGGUAAUUGGAGUGUCAAGGACACUGAUUCAGACGCCGUUGAUGCGCUUCUGAUCGAACUGAGCUGUACGGCUGGGUUUCUUGACAUAACCUAUAUCAUAUCUCUCUACCCUGUAAGCAUGGCUACAGCUCUGGAGGUGAAAAACAAAAGACGCAAGUCGGUUAUCCUUAAACCGAGUAUUAUGAGUUACAUGAGAUUCAAGAAACCGAAUGGGGCUGGAAUUCAAAAGGAUAAUCGCCCGGGUGUAGAAGACUCUGUGAUUACACUUCUUGAGAAAAAGAUGAGUAGAGUCUAUGGUGCUCCUCCGGGUGAGAGAUUAAAGGCUGUCUAUAGCACUCCCCCAUCUGAAUAUGAAAUCAUCGAUCAG